AUGAACGGGAUAUUUCCAGCCGACCUCGCUGUUUACCUCUUUUUCCUACCCAUCGUCGUUUACAUUUUCUUAAAGCAUAAAUGGACCGGUUUCUUGCCAUGGUACUAUCUCAACAUCUUCUGCGUGGCUCGAAUCGUCGGCGGUGCGCUAGGUGUUCAAGGCAGUAACGCUCUAGCCGCGAACAUCAUCCAGAGUAUCGGAAUCUCACCGCUGCUUCUUGCUGUUGACGGAUUGGUGCACGAAGCUCGAGUAUAUCGCUACCCUUCCAAAAGCCCGAUGCUCGGAUGGUCUGUUAUUAUCAUCACAACUGGCACCAUGGGUGCUGCCAUGGCUCUUUCUAUUGUUGGAGCCUUGGACAUAUACGAAGGCACAGCCAAGCCGGAUAGCUAUUCAUUGUGGAAAGCUGGAACGGCCUUGAUCGUGGUGAUCUGGGUCUUCCAACUACUUUGGUCGACUAUUUCCAUUUUUUCCCGCAGGGAAGUGACCCAUGCUCCAACCUUCCAAGGCAGCACUGCGCUUCUUCAGGGUGCUAUCACUGCUUUGUUGUUUAUUGGAAUUCGCGUUAUCUACGUCCUUGUCGCGGUCUGCACACAGCGAAGGGACCUGAGUCCAGUCUACGGGUCAACCGCCGUGCGCGUUGUACUCUUGUUUCUUCCAGAGGUCUUUGCGACACUCACGUUGAUCAUCGUGGGCCUUCGAACAAGACACCUCCAGGAGCUCAAGCAGUAA